AUGGAGGAGCUUGAGGAAGAUCGAUUAUCGAGUCUGCCAAAAAUAAUUCUUCAUUCCAUUAUGUCAAAGUUGCCAGAGAAAGAUGCUGCAAGGACAAGUGUUUUGUCCAAGGCUUGGUUAGAAACAUGGUAUACUUUUCCUAUUUUGUCUUUCUCUACAAGUAAAUUCAUGGGAAUGUCUCCAUUACAACCAAUGGAAGAUAGUGAAAAGAUGAGAAAGAUGUUAGGAUUUUGUGAUUAUGUGAAAAGGAGUAUCCUAAGGUUUUGUGACCAAAACUUGGCUAUCAAAGAAUUUAAGCUCAAGGUGAACAUUUCCGAGAUUCGCCACAUUUCAAGGGAUGUUGAUUUUUGGUUGAAAUUGGCUUGUGAAUGUGGUGUUGAGGUAAUAGACUAUUCCCUAGAUGUAUUAGUAGGUCAGGACCAAUACCAUGUCUUGCCAUUAUGUGUCAUUGAAGCGAAAUCAAUUACGAAGUUGGUGUUAAAGGGGUAUAUCAAGAUUGAUCCAACAUUCAUGAAUCAUUCAAUCAAGUUUUUCUCAAGAUUGAGAGUAUUGUCAUUGUGGUCUGUACUUUUGGGAGAUCGAGAUGCAAUUAACAACCUCAUUUCUUUUUGUCCACUGAUUGAAUUUAUAACUUUGAAGACAUGUUAUGUGUUAAGCUCUGGAGAUGGCACAAAGGAGAUUAUGAAGUCUUUGAGCAUCAGUGGGUUACAAAAGCUCAAAAGUGUUAAUACUUUUGGAAUAAAAGAUGUUUCUAUUGAUGCCCCGAGUCUUGAGACUUUAUGUUAUUAUCCUAUUUAUUUUGUCGGACCAUUUAAGAUUGAUUUUGAUAGGUGCAAAAAUUUGAAAGAGUUGUGCAUGUUGUAUGUGACAACAAGUACUUUUUUAACAGAACAGUUUCCAAAAUUUCCUUUUCUUGAGAGUUUGAAGUUAAACUUUUGCAAAAUGCCUGAGCGGAUUGAUAUUACAAGUGUUCGACUUAAGGUGUUGAAGUUAUCACAUUGCUCUAACUUGAAGGAGGUUAAUAUUGAUGCUCCAAAUCUAUUGUCAUUUGGAUAUAUAGGUAAUGGUGCUUCAUUACCUACUAUGUCUUUUUUGAGAAAUUCUAGUCAACUAGAAUUCGAUAUUCGGUUACAAGUUGAUUAUGAGGAUCUUUGUAACUUGAGAGAAUUCGUGCAAAACAUCAAACCUAACAACGUUUUAACAUCACUAUCUCUAUCCACCGGUGAUACACUGGAUCCAGUGGCCUUUGAAGUUUCAUCCCCUCUACCAAGAAUCAAACACUUGGCCAUAAACUAUGUUCCUAAUAUUAAAUAUUUGUUCUCGUCGAUUGUAAACAUCUUACUUUCAAGUUGUUGUCCAGCAACUAUUUCUUUUAGUAAAUAUUCGAGCGGCAAAGAAUUCAUUGAGUUGUUCUAUGAGACUUUAAUGAGAAGAAAAGAGGAUGAAUGCUUUUGCACUUCUGAUAAUACUACGUGUUGGUGGCAUGGCUUGAAGGAUGUGAAAGUCACUAGAAGCUCUAUGAAGAAGAUGGAUGAAAAUGUUGAUUUUAAGACCAUUUUAGAAUCGUUGUCCACGUUUGCUCCUCAAGAAAGUAUUAUCUUUAGGCUAGAUUUUUAAUG